AUGUCUUGCUCAACUGCAGCAAACUGGCAAUCAAAAAUCCUGAAGAAAGAGUACCAAAACUGGCUGGCUGUAGGCCACGCCCUUUCUCUUAUGUGUGAUGGGCUAAGGCCUUUCAUCGAGAGGGAGAUGAAAGCCUUUCAUCAAGUGUUACUGGCAAACCUUGCCUCUACACCCCCUUGUACCUGUCGAAAGCCCCUAAAACACUCUUGUGCUUGGGCUAAACAGCUUUUAAUGUACCAUAGAGGUGGAAAACCAAGGUGGCACCAAAGCGACUCUUACAAGUGGACAGAUCCAAACCUUGGUUACUGGGAGGUAGCCAAACUUUUCAUGUCCGAUUUGGGGAAAAGCGCUGUUAAUGUGAUAGACGCGAGUAGUACUGACUGCACGGGAUUGACCAAUCUUCUGUUCUGGUGUUCCCUCUUUCCCGUACAACACCAUCUCGUUGAAGAGGUGCGAAAGACGCGAAAUACCAGAUGGGGACACGCUCCGAGACAGGAGCUAACAGAUGGAGAAAAAGCAGGUGCCCUUGCAGCGAUAAGAAAUCUCCUUCAAGAUCCGAACUUAAUUUCUGACAAUGGCGCUAAAGCGGCUCUCGCAGAGAUUGACGCAAUGGAGAAGGAUUUCGAUGCACGUAGUAUUGAAAGGAAAGUUCUGGCAGAUUUCCAAGAGACAGUGUGUGGUCAACUGGAUGACAUUGAAGGGGAAAUUAAGGCCUUCAAGAAAGACUGCAAAGGUGUAAGCAACAAGAUACAGAAGAAACUGCUGAGUUUGCAAACACGACAGACGAAGGUCUUUAAGCUUCUGAAAAGUAUUGAUGACAGAAUGGAGGACGCCGCAAAUCGAAACCUUUCGUAUGUAACACAAGUUUCAAACCUCGUCAAAUGGGUGUAUACAAGGGGAAGGCAGUUUGUCUGUGACAACGUUCGCAGCAUGAAUGCUAAGUCCGUCGCUCUAUGGUUGCUGUUAAUGGUACUCCUGAGUUGCUUUACAUGUUUAAGUAAGAACUCUUACAACGAUGGGUGCCCGAUUGAAGAUGGUUUUGUUCCUUUUGAAAGUAAGGAAUUCAAUUUCACAAGCUACUUGAGUAAUGCCCGAGAAAGAUUCACUGGACGGCUCUGGCUCUACAAUGAACUGGAAACAAACUUGAUGAAACAAGAUACCGAUCGUGGGGUUAUAGUUAUCGGUGAGCCAGGCGCAGGAAAAUCUGCGCUGACUGCCCAACUGAUCUGUUCUCGCUCAUCUAAUCCUUUUAUUCACAAAAGAAUCAUUGGUUACCAUUUAUGUAAGCACGCAGACAAAGCAACUCAGGACCCUGGUCGAUUUGUUCGCAAUUUAGUCGACUUGAUGGCCAGAAGAGUUCCAGAAUAUGGAAUGUUGAUCUCCAAUAGCUCACUCAUCCUUUCAGUUCUAGAAGGAAGUUGUGUAAGAGAUCCGUUUGAAUGCUUUGAACAGGCUCUAAUGGCGCCACUUUUGCAAUUAAAAGGUGAACCUCAAUUCUAUUUUAUUGUCAUAGAUGCCUUAGACGAAUGCUCGUCAGACAACGGAGGGACCUCAAUAGUUCAGUUUAUAAGAGAAACGUCCAGUAAGCUUCCAAAAUGGAUAAAGCUGGUAAUGACUUCUCGUAAUGACUCAAAUGUCCUAAGACAUUUCAGUCAUGUCCCCAAAGUGUAUAUGUCCUCCACAGAUCCUCGAAACUUACAAGACAUCGAGAUAUUUAUUACCACUAAACUAUUCGAAGAGGCGCCGAUUCUCCAUAGGCUGAAAGCAGCAUUAGGAUUCAGUAGUGGUGAAGAGAUUUCUUUUCUGACGAGGAAGUUAUUGAGUCAGAGCCAGGGGAAUUUCCUUUUCGUGAAAGAAAUGUUCCAUUUUUGGGAAGACGAGUUCAGCAAUGACGCAGACUUGAAGCAGCUCCCAAAAACGAUUGGUGGGAUAUAUGAGAAUUACCUGAAAAGGGUUUAUGGUUCCCGAGAAAAGUUUAAAUCCGCUUUGGCUAUUCUGGAGAUCAUGGUGGCUGCAUUUGAACCAAUGCAGGUUGAUCGUGUAUUCCAGGUUUUAAGAAUGCAGGAGAACAUCGACUACGAAUAUGACUUUGUCUACGCGUUAAAAGAUCUUUCACAUUUUAUCAGAUAUGAAGAAGACAACACCAUCACUAUUUUCCACCUUUCCUUUACGGAGUGGCUCACAAGCAGUGAAAAUAUUGGCAACCCAUACUAUGUUAGUCGGAAACACGGUCACGGAAGAUUGGCCAAGUACUAUUUAAGUGUUGUCAAAAAAAACCAGAACUCAAUGGACAUUUACCAUUUAGCACAUCACAUAAGUUUUUGGGAGGGCGACGAGAAUUUCCUCGAGGAGUUUGGAAAUAUCAAUGCCUCUUACAUAAAUGCCUCCAUCAACAGUGAUAACAAAACCCUUCUUCACCUUGCCGCAGAAGAUGGCAAUUUAAAACUUCUUCAGCUACUUGCUCCUGCGUUUGAGAGUAUUGACUGUGAGGACAAUUAUGGUUUUACUCCAUGCUUCCUCGCUGCGAAAAAAGGUCUCAAAGAAAACGUUGAAUUUCUCAUUAGCAGAGGAGCUAACACCGACCACCGAACUAAGCCACCACCUCCAAUACGAUUUGUAAGGGAAAUUUCUCCUUUAAUGUUUGACGUAGAUCCCCUUGAACGAGCUAAAACAGCUUUCUGGAACUCCACCAUGAUGCAUGCAGCCGCAUCAGGAGGUCAUGCCGCCGUGAUACGAGCUCUUCUCAAAAGGAAUGCUUCGUUUCACGAUGUGAACGGUGCUAACCUGACGGCCAUCCAGCUGGCGGCACAAAAUGGACACUUAGAUGUUGUCCAAAUUUUGUAUUUUAAGGGGGCUGAUGCAGACCAUCUUUCUCUUCAACUUGCCGCUCACGGCGGUCACCCGCAUGUUAUAAAGUUUCUCUUGAAGACUGGUUUGAUGGAUACCUGCUUGCGAUGUGAUGGCUCAUUUUAUUGGCUCGGAAACAAAGUAAGAUACCAAGCGGCCUCUUGGUAUAACUCUACUGGUCUGCAUAGGUACAUUUUAUCUCACGACAAUUACAGAAUUGAAUGCCAAAGUGCACUUCAUUUGGCAGUCGCAGGAAAACACACAGAGGUAACUAAACUGCUAUUGUCCAUGAAAUACACGGCAAUCCAUUGCAAAGAUUUCACUGGUCGAACCCCACUUCAUGAAGCAGUGAGGCAAAAUGAUUUGGAAAUAGUAGAGCUUCUCAUAAGAAGUGGUGCCCGAAUUUCUCAAAAAUGCAUGGAAUUCCAAAAUUUAUCUUCCUCUCGUAGCUCCGAAGAGAAAGGUGGUGGAGAACGAAUAGUGUUUCUCAAUAAAAGAGAACAAGCAGAGUACUAUAAAGAUCUGUGCCACUGUGGUACGACACCAUUUCUUCUUGCUGCAAGAUAUGGUGCAAUUGAGGUGGCAUCUCUACUCUUGCGCUAUGGCGCAAGGCCUGACGAUGAGGAUUGCCAAGGGGCCAUGCCACUUCAUAUUGCUGCGUGUCAUGGCCAUUACGAUUUUAUUGAAUGGCUUCUUUCUCAAAGACCUUCUAUUCAUAUUAAUAUAAAAAGUAAAAACCUCUCAACACCGCUUCACAGUGGCGCCAUUUGCAAUAUCAACAAGGACAUCAAACCGUUACUAGACAUGGGCGCUAGCAUUUAUGAAAUUGAUGAAAACGGAAUGACACCAAUGCACUACGCUGUGGUCGACAAUUUUGAAAAGUAUUCAAAUUUGAUUUUUGAAUUUGAGGAACUCAGCAGUUCAUCAUUUAUCACAGUUUGGGGCCCAGAAGGUGACAUUACGGUAACGCAUGAUUCUUACGUUUCUAGGGCUGUACCGUUGAGCUUUCAGUGUCUAAAGCUGAUCGAAAUCAUUAAAUCAUCAGGUGCCUCAUAUAUAAAUGAAAUGGAUACAAGUGGAAAAACAGCACUACAUCUCGCGGCACGAACAGGGGAGGAGUGUUGUGUCCUACAGCUUCUGAAAAAUGGGGCCAGAACAGAUUUAAAUGACAAACAAGGGAAAAUCCCACUUGACUUUGCCAUGGAAUUUGCGACUAAAUUGUUUUAUCCCAGAAUGGCGAACCGCAGUGAUGAAAAGAUAAAUUUUGACCUGAUUCUAGCCUUGAACAGAAGGUAUCAUAAUUCAGUAGCUGAUAUCUUGCUCUCUAGAGAGUACAACCUGUCCCAGGCGUGCAAAGGAAAUAGAACUGAUCUGUUGCAUCGUGCGUUUGAGAAGCAACAGCCAAUCAUUGCUUACCUAUUACUAUCAAAGGGCCAUAGCCUUAGCUGUAAAGAUGCACAAGGUCGAUCCCCACUGUUAAUUUAUUUGCAGAAUGGUGGCGAAUGGCUGGACGUUGUUUUAAGGCGAUUUGAUGUACCUAUUCAUAUCGAAUGUGGGAAGCCUUUUAACCAGUCGGAAUUGCAUAUGCUAGCGUUUAGACAGCCGACUGUGGCUACUGACAACCUUCUUGAGUACCGUACCUAUGAUGAUUUAUAUUACUUUGAAGAGGAUGGACCCCUUUUGAAAGCAAUUCAGGCUCAUCCGUCAAAAUUCCGCGUCGUGGACGAGUGUCGUGACGCUGAAGGAUACUCAGCAUUACAUAGGGCUGCUCAAGGAGGCAACCUAUUUUUCAUUAAGAGGUUUCUUUCCUGGGGAGCCGAUCCGAAAAUACUAACUUCUCAAGGGCACAGCUCUUUAGAACUUUCCAUCAUGUAUGGAGGGAUAAGCCAUUAUCUAUCAAGUCUACCCACACACACUGCGGAGAGAGCUGUAGAUCUUUUGUUUAAAGCCACAAAACGUUCUUCACGUUUUGAUGUUGGAUGUAAUAGAGCUCAGGAAAAACUAACAAUAUAUCACUUGGCAGCUUACAGAGGUCUGAUUGGCUUUGUCAAAACUCUUUUAAAUGAUCGAAGCAUAAAUGGCAUUGAUGUUAAUUGUUCAAAUGUGCAUGGCAUAACACCUUUGUACCUUGCCAAACUGUACUCUGGGACAGAGGAGCCUUCUGAAGGCAAAAGGGAUCGAUGGCAGGAAGUCGUUGAUUUUAUCACGAAAUCGGGUGGCAUCCUUACCUUUCCUAAUCGAGAAGUGGAACUUAGCCUAAUUUAUAGACAUCUCUAUGGAAGCCAUCCCCAUUCAUUCACUUUGGAUGGCUUUGAAAAAGGUUGCGAGCAAUUCUAUAACAGCGAUUUUAGCACAUGCAGCGAAGAUGAGUUGAACUACCAUCGUACUGGUGAUCCAAUAAACCCGCACAUGAAAAAUGUUAUGAAGGAACUACUGCGGAUAACGAAUCCUUCAACUACUAGAGACAGAAAUGUUCAACUGGUCCCUACGGAUCGAGACGUAGUACGGGAAACUCUGAAUAAUCUAAUUGUUAGGUCAAAAGCUUUGAAUGAUUUAUCCAAUUUGUUUCAAGACGUCAUGGAGGGGCACCGUCGUACGAACCAAGCAAUCAGACAAAGAAUGUUAUCCACAAACGAAUCAGCAGUUCUCUUAAUAAAGCUUCCAAAGCUCACUGAACAACCUGAUAUUAUAAGGAAUCUGCAGCUCAACAAGAAAGAACUAGCUUACCUAGAUCAAUUACUUCGUUAUAUGCGCUCCAGAUAUGAGUCAGAAAAAUCAAUCACAUCCCACGAGAUGGUACACCUGAAGAAUAUUGCACACAGGCAUAGUGAGUUCUUUGGAGAUGUAACGAAGCUUGUAAAACUCAUAGAAAAACACGAAGAAAGUGAAACAUGCCGAAAUGAGAUUUUCCAAGCGAAAAUGAUAUCAUUUAAGUUUCGCUUGUAUGUUUUAAAUUCCAAUAUCGAUGACCUUAUAACACUAAAACGAAGUCGCCUCGAAAAAGGUGAAUUUCUCUCUAAAAGAGUCCCAUCCCAGUGGAUAAAUGCAGAGUACACAAACGGCUGGGCUCCAGCUGUAAAAUUUCUCUACAGACAGGCAACUCAAGAAUAUUUGGGUUUUGAUUAUCUAAGAAACCUUACAGUGGGAUAUGACAAGGACACACGGAUUCCACUGAGCGUGGACGCCUUGUAUUUACUUUCACUGCAACAUCGGACUCGGGGCUUCGUCUGA